AUGUCUGCGGAAUCUGAUAUGGAAUAUUCGGACAACGAUGGUGACGACUACGAUUAUUACGGAGGACAAGAUGAUUGCGAUAUGGAGACAGUGGAUCGAAGCAAGGCUGACCCUGAGCAUUUUAUAUUUUCCUGUUUGAAAGUUGAAGAAGUUGAGAAAUUGUUAAAUGAAUCGAUCGAAUUGCUAAGCAAUAGUCUUCAAAUCACACCUUCUCUCGCAAAGGUGAUGCUACAUGCCUAUGAAUGGAAUGCAGAAGAGAUUAUAAAUAAGUAUAAAGAGAAUGCCAAUGAUGUUUUAGUUUUCAGUCAUGUUAAACCUAGAGUACCUUCCAUUCAGGGCAAUUCCAGUCGAACAGUGUGUGCUGUUUGUGCUAAUACACCACCUAUUCAUAAAUAUAGUGCAUUAGCUUGUGGACAUUACUUUUGCAAUGAUUGCUGGGCAAUGCAUUUUGAAGUACAAAUAAAGCAAGGUGUUUCAAAUACAAUACAGUGUAUGGCACAGGAUUGUGAAGUAUUGGCACCAGAAGACUUUGUUUUGUCGCAUGUUACAAAGCCAGCUCUGCGAGAACGUUAUCAGCAGUUUAUGUUCAAGGACCAUGUGAAAUCACAUCCUCAGUUAAGAUUUUGUCCUGGUCCUAAUUGUCAGUGGAUUUAUCAGGCGUGGGUUCGAGUGGGCGCCCGUCGUGUAGAAUGCCUUGGCUGUGAAACACUGACCUGUUUCUCCUGUGGAGCACCUCAUCAUGCGCCAACUGACUGCGCAACUAUACGCCGAUGGCUGACCAAAUGCGCUGAUGAUUCUGAAACAGCUAAUUAUAUUAGUGCACAUACAAAGGACUGUCCUAAAUGUCAAAUAUGCAUAGAGAAGAAUGGGGGUUGUAACCAUAUGCAAUGUGGGGCAUGUAGAUAUGACUUUUGUUGGGUUUGCUUGGGUGACUGGAAAUCCCAUGGUUCGGAGUAUUACGAAUGCAGUCGUUACAAAGAAGACCCUAAUUUAGCAAAUGAUAACCAACAUGCUCAGGCUAGGGAAGCCUUGAAAAAAUAUUUGCAUUACUAUGAAAGAUGGGAAAAUCACGCUCGGUCUUUGAAACUGGAAGAACAAACAUUAGCAAAUUUAAAAAGCCGCAUCAAUCAGAAGGUCAUGGCCGGCGAAGGGACUUGGAUUGACUGGCAAUAUCUUUGGGAUGCAGCCAGAUUAUUAAAGCGUUGUCGAUACACUCUUCAAUACACAUAUCCAUAUGCAUAUUAUAUGGAAGUAGGGCCGCGAAAAGAACUUUUUGAAUAUCAGCAGGCCCAAUUGGAAGCUGAAAUAGAAAAUCUUUCAUGGAAAGUAGAAAGAGCAGAAACCACCGACCGCGGUGACUUAGAAAAUCAAAUGGACAUUGCUGAGAAACGAAGGACAACUUUGCUGAAAGAUUUCUUAGAAUUUAACACAAAUAACGCCUCCAGUAGUAAAGUUUAA